AUGUCUUGUUCGGAGAACCAAGAAGCAUCUCAGGAACCAUGUAUUCUUAAAAGAAAAAGAACUUCCAAGACAUCAGAAGAACAGCUGUUGGAAUAUAUUAAGUUAAUGGAAGAAGAUAUUAUUUUUAGGACAAAAACUAUUACUCCGGGUACCGAACCAGAUGAAUAUGUUAACAAGAAAUGGGAAAAGCUUGCAAGAAAGUUAAAUGCUUUGGACACGGGCCCACAAUUGUCUGUAGCCAAUUGGAAAACGAGGUUUACCAAUUAUAAGAAUACAACCAGAGCCAAGUACAGGAAGAAAAUGGAAGAUAUGAAACGUACAGGGGGCGGACCUCCAACAGAAAUACUUCUGAGUCCUUUAGAAGAAAGAUUAUUAGAUAUAUGUGGUCGCGUAGCCGUAACGGGAUCCAAGAAAGUAACAGUAACUGGUGGUUUGCAGUCAUAUUUGAAGGAAAACGAACCAGAAAUGGUUCAAGAUAUUAAUAGUGAGAAUGAUCCAUGUGUUCUGGAGAAUAUAAGUACAAAAGACAUCCAUACUGAAAUUAAUACCAAGAAUAAUACCGAGGAAUUCAUAGUAUUAGAAUAUGUGAAUGAUAGUCCAUUUAGUUCUUUAGAAAAUACUGAACAAAUUGAUAUAUCGGAGUCACCACGUAGCCGUAAUCUGCUUAAUAAACCAAGAAAGGCACUUACAAGCAGAAUACCGAGGCUGAAAGACAACUAA